AUGUUGCAAACGAUAUCAGUUUUCAUUUUUCUUUUUAUUUACAUUACAAUCGACGCAGUUCCCCCAGAAGCUUGCUUUGCAAAAUUCAGAUGGGACGACUGCGGUAGAGCGCCUAAACGGGUUCUAUACUACUGGAAGCCUGGCUCUCGAUGUGAAGUGGGGACGUGGAGGGGAUGCCUUCCCAACUUAAACAUGUUCCAGGAUGAAUAUGAGUGUGUUUCCACCUGCAUAUUCACCGCAAGAGCUCAAGCACCAGAUUACCACGCAAUUAUAGAGACUGAAGAUGAAAACAUAACAUCAAUUAGUGACAUUGUUACUACUUCUGCAGAUGAUAAUCAAACCACUGUUGAGGUGACAACCGUAGAAACGAAUACUACAACCGCUGAAGCUGGUAAUACGGAUGUUACCGAAACAACAACUGUUGCAAAUGGCACUGCAGAAGAGGUUAGCAAUGAACCAUCUUCGACUGAUGAUAAUGCAACAUCAACUAAUAGCACAAGCGAAUAACUUGAAAAACAUAACUUAAAUUUAGAGUAAAAAGAUCUAGAUAAAGGCAUACAUAACAGUACUUUUAACAUUAGUAAAGGUAAAAGGAGAUUGAGAUUCGAUGUCGCUUUUAAAGUCGAUCGUGGAUUAAGAUUUUUAAAUAACCUAACUUCUAUAAACAAGUCGCCUUAGCCUUGUAUCGAUGCAAUAAUGAAUCUAUAUAUUUAAGCAAUGAAACACAUAUAUCCAAACGAGAUGUUGCCAAAUAACUACUGAUCAUGAAUGCUAAAAUCUAAACCCAAGAAGCCGAGAGGAAAAGAGAAAAAGUACGUUGAGUAUUGGAUGAUUGCAUGAUAAAAUUCAAUCAUAGGAUUAAAGCCACCUGAUUCUAAUGUUAGUAAAUACCUAUGUAAACUGUAUUUCUAACACCUAAGAUGUUUAUUGCUACCAAUCAAUAAUAUGCAGAGUCGAUAACGUAGCGUAAACGGCAGGAUAUACGAUAAAACUGAUCGUGUGUUGGUCGCGAUAUGCAUGACAUCAUGUAGAACGCGAGUAACACACGAUCAGUUUUAUCGGAUGUGCUGCCGUUAGCGCUGCAGGCACGUGGACUUAUUGGAUGGUGAAAGCUAGCAUUAGCAUUAAGUUUUUUGCUUGAGUAAAUAAGUGCGUGUUGCCAGUGAUGACCUAUGGUUCCGAGACUUGGUCGUUAACUAUGGGCCUGAUAAGAAGGCUCAGAGUCACACAGCGGGCCAUGGAACGAGCUAUGUUAGGAGUAUCUUUGUGUGAUCGAGUCAGAAAUUAGGAGAUCCGCAGAAGAACCAAAGUCACUGACAUAGCUCAGCGGGUCGCAAAGCUGAAGUGGCAAUGGGCGAGGCCCAUAGUUUUAAGAGCCGAUGGACGUUGGGGUCCCAAGGUGUUGGAAUCGACCUCGUACUAAAGGGCGCAUUGACCCCUCAACAGGUGGACUGACGACAUGAAGCGAGUUGCAGGGAUUCACUGGAUGCAGGCGGCUCUGGACCGUGAUAUUUGGAAUUCUCUACAAAAGGCCUAUGUCUUGCAGUGGAUGUCCAUCGGGUGAUAUGACGAAGUGAUGUCGAAUGGCUGUAAAACAUUGUUUCUUUGUUAACCUAUAAUAUACAUAACACAUAGUUGUUACGUUGUAAUUAGAUGAAACUAUAAAGAAUAUAAAAAUGCUAAAGCUAGAUGUACUAGUGUUGUAAUAAAUUCACAAUAAAUAUCGUGCAUUGUGUACAAGAUAGAUUAAUUUAGCCGUUCGACGCUAUCUCGAACAGGCGUGCAAGAUUUAUGCGUGUAGCCGAACGGCCGCCAUAUUGAAAAAUAUAGCCAGGUUGCCUACUACGAUAACUUAUAUAAUAUGACAAAUUAUUAAACAGAACAUAUUGACCAACUAAAAGCCUAUGGUCGUGAUACAUUAAGCGUAACUAAUUUUCUCAUUUUUCCAUUUUUGUAUCACUUAAGAGCGAAGUAUUUUCAUUAUCAGUACUCGUAAUAGGUUUUUUUUAUUCUCAACGAGUUAGUUAGCCCUUGACUACAAUCUCACCUCAUGGUAAGUGAUGAUGCAAUCUAAGAUGGAAGCAGGUUAAGUUGUUAGGAGUAUGAUGAAAUUCACACUCCUUUCGGUUUCUACACGACAUCGUACCGGAACGCUAAAUCGCUUGGCCACGUAGUAGUCUCCAAAUAGGUAUAGUAAUUUAUAGUGGAAGUGAUUUACUUUACCAUUUCUGAUAGUAUUAUAUAGAUUGGUUUACUUAAAAAGUUAAAAAUUUCCGCGAGUUGGGCAAAGUAUGUAAUCAUCUAAUUUUAAGAUUGCAGCCUAAAAAACAUUUUGGCGA